GUUGAAGAAACUGUUAGUAAUCAUUUGUUAUCAUUUCUGUAUAAUCAGCAAUGAGUGUAAAUAUGUAUAUACAUUAUUUUGUUUUUCUUUACCUUCAUAAUUUAGAUUAUAUUAGUUUACACGUAUCCUGAGCACGUGUUUAAAUAGUUGUCCACCUGAGGAAAACCAGAACUUCUUCUUACUCUCACAGUCUUUUCUUUGUUCUCACUCCAAGACCCCUGCCCCCCAUUGACUAUAAAUAAAGGUGCCAAGGGGAACCACCCUUGGUAACACAUUCCUUUGUAGCCUAGCAUGCAGAGAGUGUGGUUACCCUUGUGCAAGUAAAACUCUAAGUGUGUUGUCUCGUAAUUAAUGGUGUGUACAGAGUUGGAGUGGAAAGCCUGUCGCUUUCUCCAACAUAUACUGUAUUGUAGUUUGGUCCUGUGUGCAGAAUUGGAGUGGAAAGCCUGACGCUUUCUCCAACAUAUAAUUUGGUCCUUCGAGCCGGAUCCGAGGACACCUGACGACAUCGCCAGCGCACCGAGAAGAGCGACACCGAAGUCUGUCGACAGCCACUCGGAGACGGGUGCAAGAAAGACCUGUGACGUGAAUUCGUCAUCAGGCCGGUGGUUAGAACUGCGCUCAACGUCUGGUGAUGUCUGACGGACCUCGGUGGCGGAACACAGGCACACAGGACAGGAUAAUCUGCAGCCAGGAGAUUGGAUCCUGGUCAAGGUCCUGUUGCGAAAGGAUUGGAGCACGCCUCGGUGGGACGGACCUUAUCAAGUCCUCCUCACAACACCAACAGCGGUGAAGAUAGCAGAGCGACCUUCCUGGAUACAUAAGAGUCACUGUAAGCCCAUCAAGCCCGUAUCAGAGACCUCUGUACCUUCGGAGUAGCAGUGGAAGUCCGCUACAAAGGCGCAGCAAUCAAUAGGAUACUGACGUCUCAACCCGGUGAAGAAAACAGCUGAUCUGCACUCCAUUUAGAAUGGCUCUGAUUGGGUGGGGAUGUGGUAAGGUAACUCUCGGUGUAAUUCUCUUUAUGGGAAUUGUUGGUCUGCUUCUGCACUCACCAGAGCAGGUGUUUCGCCCACCUAGAUGGACACAUGACGGCUCCCACCUGAGACCUAUCUCUACAAAUGAGACCCAUCCUUUCCUACAAAACUACUGGUACCGUUAUGUUUAUGAUUCAGCAAAGAAAGACAAUUUAACUAAUUGUUAUGUCUGUACCCACAUGCCAUCUCAUGCCGACGGAUUAACUAUAUAUGGGAAACCUAUGAAUAAGUCACAAGCAAAGUGUGCUGCCUCUUUUGCAGGUGUAGGCUAUCAGCAUGAUAAUAUAAAAAUAAAUGACACAGAUCCAUAUACUGCUGGUUUGGAUAAUGGCGUAUGUGCACAGCAGUUUUGGAUCGAUUUUGCUAUAAAAGUGUCAAAUAUAUCCUUACCUUUAUCUGUCCACCUGAACAUGGACCCUAAAACAUUUAAUCACUCAAUGUGUUAUGACCAAAUGAACGGCACCCACCAUAUGGGGAACACCACCAACUGUGCCCAAAUACUAGUACACGGAGAAGGUGCCCCGGUAAACAUAAGUGGAUUUAGUAAUGGCACCUACUGGGUGCAAGGAGUAGCUUGGUUAUGUGGACCCCGCGCAUAUUUCGUUUUGCCCUAUAACUGGUAUGGUGUGUGCGCUCCAAUCUUUGUGUCAGACCAUACUUUCCUGGUGUCACUGUCGUCUACACCAGCGAACCGCAGGCGCCGGUCCAUCAUAACUACAGCUUCUCUCCGUCCUCAUGACAGUGUCUGGGGUUCAGAUGUUCCCCAGGAGUUCAAACAUUGGUCUACAGACCAGAAAGUAUUAAUGUCUCUUUUUCCCUGGGUAGGAACAGCAAAGAAUACGUUACGAUUAGAAACUAUUGAUUAUCGUUUGGGGCUGUUCAUAAAUAACUCCAUCAUAAUAAAUGAGCAACAGAAUGGAGAGAUAGAUGCUAUUAAACAGAUGGUCAUUCAGAAUAGAAUGGUUUUAGACAUACUUACUGCUGCACAAGGUGGUGUGUGCGUGGUUUUGAAUAAUACUUGCUGUACAUAUAUUCCCGAUAAUGUGCACUCACCCAACAUGACUGCAGCCUUGGACCGUCUGCGAGAACUUCAGAAGAUCAUGACCCUAGACCCUCAUGCUGGCCCCUCAUGGCCCCCUGUGACCCACUAG